AUGGAUAGAAAACUUAAGCGGUGCCUAUUAAUAAUGCUUGACUUGUUCUUUGUUGGUUUACUAGCUCUUACUGUCGUUGUACUGAUUGGGGAUUUCGCUUAAGAUGUCCAACCAUUUCUGAUCAUCUAUAUGUACAUGCAGUUUCUUGCACUGUAUUUGACAUUCAGAUUAAAGCACUGCACAAUGAGAACCGAUAUUAAUGUGAUUUACAGGUUUCAUCUGUUCAAUUUCUUGUUCUCUCUUUUUACCGCUGUAACUGGCUACUUGGAAUUGGUAAAAAGUAUUAAUGGUGAUGGAAUGCUCAAACACACCCCUACAUUCUUUGGAUUGCAUCUACUAGCUUUAAUGAGUGCACAUAUUGUAAUAGCAGUUUAUAUUUGCUGUCCAUAGUUGUCUUUAUCAGAGCGCUUUUAUGUGAGAAGAGGCCGUCCUGAUCCAAACGGUGCUGCCGAAAGACUAAUUUAAGGUGAUCCGAGAACACAUUUCCUUUCCUUUGAAUAGUUACAGUUGAAGAACUAAGUAUUAGAUCCGAGCAUUUUAAAAGAUAAUACAUGUUCAAUUUGCUUGGAGGAUUUCGUGAAUUCCAAUUAGAUUAUAAAGGAAUUACCGCUAUGCAAGCAUUUAUUUCAUGAAAACUGCUUAAAGAGUUGGUAUGAGACUGCUCAUUAAGACACAUGCCCAGUCUGUAGAAGAAGGUUUAGCUUUAGAUCAAUUGAGGAAGAAAGAGAGCAAAUGCUAAUAGAAGAGAGUAGACGUUGGGAAAAUUUCACAUAUGAGAAUAUCAGGAAUUAAGAUGAAAUAGAAGAAGAUCAUGAAUAUGAGUAGGAACGCUAGCAAAAUAAUCAUAUGAAUAGAAACUCAAGUGAUAAUAAUCAGCCUGAGCAUGAUAUGGACAGUAUGAGCUAACAAUUAGAGUUGACUCGGUUGCUGUCAGAGAAAAUGUACAAGAAUAUGGCGAAAACAGAUUAAAAUUUGAUUUCUAUUGAGAAAAGAGUUUAGCCAAUUUAGUCUAUGGCUGAAACAGUGUAGAUUUGCAAAGAUAACAUCAAUCUGUCUCUAGAAAAAAUAAAUACAAUAAAUAUGAACAUAAAUGAACAGGAGGAAGUAGUUUAGACUCUGGAAAGAAGAAUAUUAAACAGUGAAUUUGAUUUAUACCUUAAGUAUAUGGAUCGAGCCAUAGAUGUUCUUGAAAGCAAAAAGCAUUUGAAAAGGUUCAAAGAACUAUUAAGAACACUUGAAAAUGCAACCAGCAGUGACCAAUUCAGUAAAUAUGUCAAAUUCUACAUGGAUGUGAGAAGAGAACGAAUAAAAAGCAAGUCGCAGUUUUCGGACAAUGAUGCCUCAGUGUCAAGCAGCUAAUCCGACAUGAGAAUGUCACUUAUCACGGGGCCGAAUACUGGUAAUUAUUAGAAAGGUUCACAUCCGAUAAUCAGCCAAGAAGAAUUACAAGCUGCUACUUCCGUUUUCUAAUUGACCUAAUAAAAUUCUCUCAAUAUUGGGCUCAAGGUGAAUAUCAAACUGAUGCAAAGACUUUGCAAGAUACUUGACAAUUUUGAUAAGGAGGUAUCUUCGGAGAAACAGAUCAGAGCAUUUUUAGUAGUACUUGAUAUUUUAGAGACGAUGCAUGAAAUGAUACCGAACUUUUUUCUAAGAUUAAUGAAGAUUAAAGAACUACCGUUAAAGAAAUAAAUCGAAUAAGUUCUUGUAAGAUGCCAAGAGUUCCUAAAGAAUCAAAGAGAGGCGUAUAUUAAUGUAUCUCUAGUUUACCAAGAUCUUGUCGACUGUGUAUAAGAGGUAGAGCAGAGAAAAGAUGCUCUGAAGAAACAGUACGCUCAAAAGUUUCAGUUCAUAAUAAACAAUUACGGUUUAAUGAAUUACAGAAUUGAUUAAUUCGAGACAGUGUUUAAGCUGACUGACCUAGAUUUAGUAACACAGCUCAAAGAGUCACUUUAAUUUCAUGUGGAGUAGUUUGGAUUAUACUUCUGGAAGAGUGUUAGACCUUUGCUUUAAAAAAUUUAGGAAGCUAAAAAGGAUAAAAAUUUUGAACAAAUUUCAGAUGAGAUUUAGCAAAAAAUUGAUCAGCUUAUUAAAGGAAUCAAGAAGUACAAAUUCGUGAUUGAAGAUCAACAAUUGAAGAUUUAGCUCAAAGAGUCGAUAGUGAACACUGUGAGAGAAUAAUACGAAUUCUACACUAAAGUCGUCAAGCCGAGCAAUGCCUACACUCUAGAAGAUAUUGAGUUAACUAUUGAUAAAUUACUUAGGAUUAAUUGA